AUGGAAUUCAGGUACACCAAACGAAGUCGAAACAGUGCACUGACCGAAAAAACAGAAAUUGUUCUGUGGCGUAGACGGUUUCUUGAAAAUUUAGAAAAACACCGUGAAGAGGGACGACAUUUGUAUUUUCUAGAUGAAACGUGGAUAAAUGCUGGUGAAUGCACAAGUAAGACGUGGGUCGACACAACAAUUAAAUCACCUCGGGACGCAUUUUUACAAGGCCUAACAACCGGUGCCGUGAAUCCCUCGGGUAAAGGUAAACGCCUUAUUGUCCUUAAUAUUGGUUCUGAAGAUGGGUUUGUACCAGGCGCAUUGUUGUGUUUUGAAUCAAAAAAAAAUGUUAGGGAUUAUCAUGAGGAGAUGAACGGAGAAGUAUUUUACGAAUGGAUGGAGAGUGUUUUGCCUCGAUUGAAAAAGGAUAGUGUCAUAAUUAUGGACAACGCUUCAUAUCAUUCGGUGAAGAUGGACAAAGCACCUACGACGAAAAACAAUAAGGCCGAAAUUAUUAAAUGGUUGGAGGAUAGGAAUAUACCUACACAUCGACCCAAGCAUAAAAUGAUCAUCCCACAACUUUUGGAUGUUGUGAAGAAGAAUAAGCCUCAACACGAAAAAUACGUAAUUGACGAACUCGUAAAACAACAUGGCUGUUUUGUAGAAAGAUUACCACCAUAUCAUUGCGAACUCAAUCCAAUAGAAUUGGCCUGGUCAUCUAUUAAAAAUUAU